AUGACCGAAGCCAAAGAUCUAAGGGCAGAUAUCCCAACCUUGACGAGGUUCAUCCUCCAAGAACAGCAGAAAUUUGGACAAUCCGCUUCGGGAGACCUAACCCAACUCCUCAACGCCGUCCAACUCACCUGCAAAUUCAUCGCUUUCAACAUCCGCCGCGCCCAACUCAUCAACCUCGUCGGUCUUGCCGGGGCCUCCAACGCCACCGGUGAUGAUCAGAAGAAACUGGAUGUAUUGGGUAACGACAUCUUCGUAAACCAAAUGAAGAACUGCGGAAAAGUCGCAGUGAUCGUCUCCGAAGAGGAGGAACACCCAAUCAUUGUUGAAGGGCCCAUGAAGGGAAAGUACUGUAUCGCCUGUGAUCCCAUCGACGGAUCAUCCAACUUGGACGCCGGAGUUUCGGUCGGAACCAUCUUCGGUAUCUACAAAAUCCGUGACGGCUCCGAAGGUACCGUCGAAGACAUCUUGAACCGCAAUGGCCUCGACAUGGUAUGCGCCGGAUACUGCAUGUACGCCGCCUCCACCAACCUCGUCCUCACAACCGGCCACGGCGUAAACGGAUUCACCCUCGACAACGCCCUCGGUGAGUUCAUCUUGACCCACCCCAACAUGACCAUCCCCGACUCAAAGGCAAUCUACUCCGUUAACGAGGGAAAUGCAAAGUACUGGGACGAACCCUGUACGGAAUACUUCAACUCCAUCAAGUUCCCGUCUGAGGGUAAGCCCUACUCUGCCCGUUACAUCGGGUCCAUGGUCGCCGAUGUUCACCGCACGAUUUGUUAUGGUGGGUUGUUUGCUUACCCCAACGAUACCCGCGGACCCGGAAAACUGAGGAUCUUGUACGAGUGUUUCCCGAUGGCGAUGGUUAUGGAGCAGGCGGGUGGUGAGGCCUGGAGUGGGGAGAAGAGGAUGUUGGAGGUUGUGCCGACGAAUAUUCACGAGAGGUGUGGAAUCUGGCUCGGGUCGAAGAAGCAGAUGCAGGAGGUCAAGGCUGUUUAUGCGAAGUAUGGCGGCGGUAACAAGGCUAACUAG